GCGGGCUCAGGGCGUGGACCCCCAGUGCCCAGCGACGGGCCGGUGAGACCGGGAGUCUCCCCUCGAAAUACUAUGGAAAAGUAUGAGUUGUUGGAGAGGUUGAAACCCGGAGCCCUGGGGGUGAACCUGGUGGUGGAAGAAACAGAGACCAGAGUGAAACACGUGGUAAAGCAGGUGGAGUGCAUUGAUGAGCAUCAGGCAAAUGAGGCUCUGGAAGAGCUGAUGCCACUGCUGAAGCUCCAGCACCCCCACAUCUCCACUUACCAGGAGCUGUUCCUCGUGUGGGAUAGCCAGAUCUCUUCUCUGUUCCUCUGCCUCGUGAUGGAGUACAACAGGGAGAGCCUCCAGGACAUCAUCGAGAAGAAGAGGAAGGCCAGGGCCAUCAUUGACUCAGAGUGGAUGCAGAACGUGCUGGGCCAGGUACUGGACGCACUGGAACACCUGCACCAGAUGAACAUCCUGCACAGGAACCUCAAGCCCUCCAACGUCAUCCUCGUCAGCAAGAACCACUGCAAGCUGCAGGACCUGGGCUCCAACACUCUGAUGACCGAUGAGGCCAAGUGGAGCAUCCGUGCGGAGGAAGACCCCUUCCAGAAGUCCUGGAUGGCUCCCGAGGCCCUCAAAUUCUCCUUCAGCCAGAAAUCCGAUAUCUGGUCCGUGGGCUGCAUCCUCCUGGACAUGGCCUGCUGCUCCUUCCUGGAUGAUUCGGAAGCCAUGAAUCUGCGGAAGGUGAUCCGCGUGCCUCCGGGUAGCCUGCGGCACACCCUGGAGCAGAUAGAGGAGAGGGGGGUCCCCGACGCGGAAGCCCUGGCGCGUCUCUUGCCGAUGAUGCUUCAGAUCAAGCCCGAGGAGCGGGCCUCAGUGCGGGAUGUGAUUCACUUCGCCUUCGUGAGCAGCGGCUUCAAGUCCUCGAGCGUGGCCAUGGCCAUGCACAAGCAGGUCUUGCCUACCGAGCUGGCCGACAUGCUGCUGCAAGGCACCGUCGCAAGUAUUUUAGAGGUCUUGCAGAAUUUCUCCAGCAGACCCAAGGUCCAGCUCAGGGCCCUGAAGCGGCUCCUGACGAUGCCUGAAGAGGAGCUGGGUCUGCCGUGGCCGAUGGAGCUGGUGGAGGUGGUGGUCACCGUCAUGAAGCAGCACCAGAGGAUUCUCGACAUGCAGCUGUGUGGCUGCUCCCUGCUGCUGCGCAUCCUGGGCCAAGCGCUGGUGCAUGACCCGGAUGCCCAGGCCCCAUGGGACGGCGCCAUGGUGGCCGACCUGCUGAGCGUCACGCAGAGCCACCCCGACUCGGAGGAGCUGCUCGUCCUGCUCUACAGCCUGCUCACCAUCAUCGCGGGCCAGGAACUGGUAGCGGAGGAGCUGCAGCAGGCUGGGCUGCUCACACAUGUCCUGGACCACCUGGACAGCUUCUCAUGCACGGGCAUUUGCGCCGGCGGCCUGGGCCUGCUCUGGGCCCUGCUGGUGGACGCCGUCUUGGUGGACAAGACCCCCUUGGAGAAUGUGCCGGCCCUGCUUGCCGAGGUGCUGACCACCUACCCCGUGGAUGUGGAGAUAGCCGAAGCCAGGUGUGCGGUCUUCUGGCUGCUGUCCCUGCAGGGCUGCAUCAAGGAGCACCAGCUGGAGCAGGUGACAGUGCUGCUCCUGAACAGCAUCCGGCUGUGCCAGGACAGGGUCCCGUUGGUGAACAACGCCUACCGGGGGCUGGCCAGCCUCGCCAAGGGGUCAGAGCUGGCAGCCUUCCGGGUAGUGAUGCAGGAGGAGGGCAGCAGCGGACUGGCACUCAUCAGGGAGACCUACCGCCUGCACCAGGACGACCCUGAGGUGGUGGAGAACGUGUGCAUGCUGCUGGCCCACCUGGCUUCCUACAGGGAGAUCCUGCCCGAGCUCCUGUCCGAGGACAUCAAGUCCCUGGCCCAGGAGAUCAAGGGGCGCUUCACCUCCAGUCUGGAGCUGGUCUCUUACGCUGAGACAGUGCUGCUGAGGCUGGAGGAGGCCGCCCUGCCCAGUGUCCCCGAGAACAGCCAGCCUCUCUGCUCAGAUGGCAAGGAAGAGGGGGCACCCCGCAGGCACCCCCUCCGAGCACAUGACUCUCCUCCCUAGCCAGGGAUGGAGCAGCGAUCUGUCCUCUCCUGGCGCUGUUGCUGAACUGCAGUGGGGGAGAGUGAGCUGGGUUUACUGGAUGGGGGUCACCUGGGACAGGAUGUGCACCCCACGCCUCCUGGGACCAUCAAUAAAGACACUCUUGUGCCUU